AUGAGGUCUCAAUGCUGUUUGGCUCUAGCAUUCGCUGUGCAGGUAUUGGGUACGGUAUUCCCUGCCCCAACCUAUGGUGACAAACUGCGACCUUUAGUGUCAUCGAAGAAGAUUCAGGAUGUAAUCACGACCGACGGGCUGAUGGGCAAUCUACAAGCUCUUGACUCCCUCGCAAAAAAGAACGGAGGCAACAGAGCCUUUGGUCUUCCAGGAUAUGCAGCAUCUGUACAAGAUUUUCCAGCGCUGUUUUUCCAGGUUGAAUCUAUAAAGUUCAGCAUCAGCAACACAUCCUACCACAUUAUUGGGCUCUCAUACUCACCAUCAACCACCCCUGGCGGAUUGACGGCACCGCUUGUACUUGGCGCAUCAGGGCCCGAAGGCUGCACGAACAAAUCUUACGACAACUUGGAUGUAAAGGGGAAGAUUGUAUUGGUCCAACGAGGAACAUGCCCUGAUGGUACUACACUUGCCGGCCGUAUCAAGCCCGCUACGGCGGCGGGGGCUGCUGCGGUCAUCAUUUACAGUGAUGUGACCACCCCCGUCACCGGUGGAACUCUCUCAAACCCAAACCCUAAAGAGUACGUUUCUUCAGGCUAUAUCAACAAAGCCGAUGGUGAGCCUAUUGUCGCACGCCUCAAAGCUGGUGAGCAGAUUGAAGCCUACUUCCAGCAGACGCAAACAGUUGAAACAAGAAUCACCCAGAAUGUCUUCACAGAGACAAAGGAAGGUGACCCUUCCAACGUGAUCAUGUUGGGCGCGCAUCUUGAUAGCGUGCAGGCAGGCCCUGGAAUCAACGAUGAUGGGUCUGGUACAACUCUGAUUCUCGAGAUCGCCAAAGCGCUUAGGAAGUUCAGGGUGAAGAAUAAAGUCCGUUUUGCCUGGUGGGGGGCCGAGGAAAAUGGAUUAUUGGGCUCAAAAUAUUAUACGCAGCACUUGAACGUUUCGGAAGCGAACAACAUCCUAACGUAUCUCAACUUCGACAUGGUAUCCCGCGGCUAUUACGGCGUGUUUGAUGGGGAUGGGAGCACAUUCAACCUAACCGGUGCACCCGGAUCUGCAACUAUCGAGAAGCUCUUCGUUGAUCAUUUCAAGAAGAAUGGUGUAAAUGUAACUGCGGCGAGAUUUACUGGUGGUAGUGACUACCAAUCCUUCAUGAACAUUGGGAAACCCGUUGGGGGGCUCCACACUGGCACUGGUGUUGAGCAGGAUCCGUGCUAUCACCAGGCUUGCGAUACAAUUGACAACCCGAACCCAACGACCCUUACCGUUAACGCAAAGGCUGCAGCUCACGUCUUGUCGAUCCUAGCCACUAAGGGGGAACAGCUCAUUCCUAAGAGCUCGGUGAACGCUAGCAUGAUUAGCUCACGAGGUCUCAUGGGCAUCGAGCCUAGGUGGACAGUACCAGACGAAGGUGAGAGACAUCUGUCGACAUGCGGGCACGAGGUAUGA